CUCUCUCACUGGUCAAAGUCUUCACCCUCCCAUUUCCCACUUUCGCCUUAUAUAUGGCAACUACUAACCACUCAUAAGCACACACACGGAAUCCCUGUGCAUCCUCAGCGAAAAUCACUCGAUUCCUUCUCUCCUUUGAUUCUUCAAAUCGUCAAUUAAAAAUCUUUUAAAAACAGUCAAAACUCACAAACACAACGAAACAGAACCAUGGCUCAGCCGUCAUGCUCAGCGGCGCAACUGGCACAAUACUUCGGCCCCAACGCCACCAACGCUGCAGCCGCUGCAAGUCUCAUCUGCGAUCAGUUCACCGCCGUGAGUAUGCAGUACAAAGACACCAAGCACGCGGUGGACAGCACCUACCUCCUCUUCUCAGCCUAUCUCGUCUUCUCCAUGCAGCUCGGCUUCGCCAUGCUCUGCGCCGGCUCCGUCCGCGCCAAGAACACCAUGAACAUCAUGCUUACCAACGUCCUCGACGCCGCCGCCGGCGGCCUCUUCUACUACCUAUUCGGUUUUGCCUUUGCUUUCGGCGUCCCCUCCAAUGGCUUCAUCGGCCGCCACUUCUUCGGCCUCAAGCAAGUUCCUUCAGAAGCUCAGGAUUUUGACUACAGCAACUUCCUCUACCAGUGGGCCUUCGCCAUCGCCGCCGCUGGCAUCACCAGCGGCUCUAUCGCGGAGCGGACGCAGUUCGUCGCUUACCUCAUCUACUCAUCCUUCCUCACUGGCUUCGUCUACCCCGUUGUGUCGCAUUGGAUCUGGUCCACCGAUGGGUGGGCCAGUGCCUUCAACACAGGGAACCUCCUCUUCGGAUCUGGAGUCAUCGAUUUUGCGGGAUCCGGAGUCGUUCACAUGGUCGGUGGCAUUGCCGGUUUAUGGGGUGCCCUAAUUGAGGGGCCCAGAAUAGGCCGUUUCGAUCACACCGGCCGAGCGGUGGCUUUACGUGGGCACAGUGCAUCAUUGGUGGUACUUGGUACUUUCAUGCUCUGGUUUGGUUGGUAUGGAUUUAACCCUGGCUCUUUUAACAAGAUUCUAGUUUACUACGACGAAUCUGGCAAUUAUUAUGGUCAAUGGAGUGCUGUUGGUAGGACCGCAGUAACUACAACCUUAGCCGGUUGUACGGCCGCCCUAACAACACUUUUUGGGAAAAGGAUAUUGUCUGGUCACUGGAACGUGACUGAUGUUUGUAACGGGUUGCUAGGCGGGUUCGCAGCGAUCACGGCCGGAUGCUCUGUCGUGGAGCCUUGGGCUGCAAUUGUGUGCGGCUUUUUUGCCUCCUUGGUUUUGAUUGGCUGCAAUAAAUUGGCUGAAAAAGUCAAAUAUGACGACCCGUUGGAGGCCGCUCAGCUUCAUGGCGGCUGCGGCGCGUGGGGUGUGAUUUUCACCGCUCUCUUUGCGAAGGAGGAGUAUGUGAAACAGGUCUACGGGUCGGGUCGGGGGCACGGGCUGUUGAUGGGUGGUGGCGGAAAACUGCUGGCGGCGCAUGUGAUUCAGAUUCUGGUUAUUACUGGUUGGGUGAGUGCUACAAUGGGUCCACUUUUCUUUGUUUUGAAUAAGAUGAAGUUGCUUCGGAUCUCACCGGAGGAUGAACUCGCGGGUAUGGAUCUGACCCGACAUGGUGGGUUUGCUUAUGCUUACGAGGACGAUGAAUCGCACAAGCAUGGGAUUCAGUUGAAAAGAAUUGAGCCAAACGCUUCCUCAACUCCUACCACAGAAUGAUGAUAAGUUUUUCAUAUUUGCACUUGCAUAUCAUGUAUUUUUGCUAGGUAUAAAAAUAAGAUUUGUCUUUUUGUUA